UUAUUUAAAUAACAAUUAUUGUUCCGAUUAAUAUACAUAGCAAUAAGAAAAGACCUAGAUUCGUUGAAAAAUAAGUCUGUCGAUGUUUUUAAGACUGGUUCGCAGAAAUCUAAUGCAAUUAACACCCUUAACCUAAUUAAGGCAUUUCAGAAUUUUUAUAACAAACAGGUGCGUAAAAACGCUACAUAUAUUCUUACGUUAAUUAUGUUUUUUAAUUUCGAAUUGAAUUUUAGUUGCGUGGAUUUCUUUUAACGUACGUGUAUAGCAAUUCUUGAAAUUAAUACCUUGAAUGAAGGAACUUGUAUUUUAGUCAUUAUUAUACCAGUUUACGUGGCAAAUUCAUUACAGACUUGAAGAAACCGCUAGUAGAUAAUGACUACAAAGGUCAGACAAUACGCGUCAAAAUUGCAUUUCUUUAGAAAUGAACAUUUCCAGCAGCUAUGAAGAUUCCCUUUUUGUUGGUACUGCCGUGGACCCUGCUAUCUUUAAGCCUUACACCCUGCACGGAGAUGAACAAAUCCUUAAAAUACUAUUCCAAGUCUAUUCGCAAGAAAAACUGUAACGAUUCCGACCCUAUUGAGAUAUCGAGUCGCUUACCAGAAGAUGUUAUCCCCUCGAAGUACAUCAUCGCAAUUUCUCCGGAUUUCCUCAAAGACCAAUUUCAUGGGGCCAUUCAAAUCGACUUUUGUGUGCAGAAGGCAAGAAAUUUUAUCGCCCUUCACUCUAAGAACUUAACGAUUACGUCUACGAAGUUAUACGAGAUGACCGACUUGGACCACGAUAUUCCAAUAGAGUCAGUUUACCCCGUAGACAAGUUUGACAUGAUAAUCAUAAAAGUUACAAAAAAAAUCCAAGGCGAUUUCGCGCUCAGAAUUAACUACAGUGGGUCACUUACGAACAAAAUUAAUGGCUUCUACUUAAGCACUUAUAGAAGGGACAAAGAUGAAGACUUAAGGAAAUUAGCGGUGACACAGUUUGAGCCUGUUUAUGCAAGGAAAGCUUUUCCCUGCUUCGACGAACCCAAUUUGAAAGCGAUAUUUCACGUGCGGAUUGUUUUCUCCUCUUGCGGUGACUAUCAUGCACUCUCAAAUAUGCCACUAAUGAAAGUCGAGAAACCUAUGAAAGGCAGCGAUUUAUCGAUAGCCACCUUUGUAGCUACUUUACGUAUGUCUACGUACCUGGUAGCUUUCGUCAUCAGCGACUUUGUAGCUACCACAUCCAGCGUUACCGAUCUCAAUGGUGCAGACAUUCCAGUUAGUGUCUACAGUAGAAAAUCUGACAAGGACAAGACGCAAUUUGCUUUGAACGUUGCCACCCAGGCAAUGGAAUUCUACAUGAACGUCUUUGGGAUCAACUAUCCGCUUCCGAAGAUUGAUAUAGUAGCGAUUCCCGAUUUCGAAGCGGGAGCCAUGGAGAACUGGGGAUUGAUCACCUUUCGGGAAACGGAAAUACUAUACAGCAAGAGUCACAGUUCCUCGGGGAACAUGAAAAGUGUUGCUCUUACGAUGGCACACGAACUCGCACACAUGUGGUUUGGAAAUCUGGUGUCUCCAAAAUGGUGGAACGAUAUUUGGCUGAAUGAAGGCUUCGCCACCUUUAUGGAGCACGUCGCCGUGGAUUUUAUCUUCCCAGAUUGGAACCAGAGAGAUACAUUUGCUCUGGAGACGAAAUUUUCAACAAUGAAGUACGACAGCAAGGAAAGCGCACAUCCGAUCGUCCAUCGAUCAGAAGACCCCAGCGAGAUCCAGCAAAUGUUCGAUCACAUUGCUUACCAAAAGGGUGCAGCGGUCAUUGGGAUGUUGGAGGAUGCCAUGGGCAACUUUAAAUUUGUCUUCGGCAUUAGGAAUUACUUGGAGAAGUACCAAUUCGGUAGCGCUUCCACGGCCGAAUUGCUUGAGAUCCUUCAAGGAAACGUACAUAUAGGAGUUAACAUUGUUCAUUUGAUGGACACUUGGACUAAGUUUCCUGGAUUUCCUGUGAUCAAUGUGUCCCCAUCCGGUACGAACUUUCGCCUAUCGCAAAAAAGGUUCUUUGGAUCAGGAAUCGAGUCCAAUAAUUCUCAGCUGAUAUGGGACAUCCCUAUAAAAUACGUAACCAAUAGGAAGGAGGACGAGGUCCAAUUCGGCUGGUUCUUGGCGAACAACUCCUGUGCUGAAUUAAUUUUGGAGGAUCCAGUAGAGUGGAUCAAACUUAAUCAUCACUCGGUUGGCUAUUAUAUUGUUAAUUACACGGAGGAAGCAUGGAGGUCCUUUAGUGACCUCCUUAUCAAUGACUUCAAGGUCCUGGAUCCCCUUGAUAGAGCCGAUUUGCUUCACAACGCUUUCCUUUUGGCUGAUGCUACUCAUCUCGACUUUUGUGCAGCUCUGAAUCUCACAACUUAUAUGUUUGACGAGACAUCUCUUCAGCCUUGGGUUGUCACUGUCAAUUGGAUCGUUCAUGCGGAUAGAUUGCUUCGAGGAACAGAAAUUCAUCCUCAAUUCCAGUGCUAUGCGCAAACCCUCCUUGACGCCAUGUACGAGAAAGUUGGUUGGAAAGUUGAUGACAAUGAUCUUUUGAUCGCAAGGCAACUACGGACUGUGAUUCUAAAGGCAGCUUGUAAUAUCGAUCAUAAAGGAUGCCUUAAAGUUGCAAAAGAUAUGUUAAACGACUUCAUCUGUAGUAACGGCACGCGACGACCUCAUCCUGAUCUUCGAUCUAUCGUUUAUUCUUACGGCCUCGUUUCACUUGAAAAUGACACCAACAAGAUGUUCAACAAGAUGUGGGAGUUUUUUAUUUUGGAAAUUGAUGUUCAAGAAAAGGAGAGGCUAUUAAAUGGCUUGGCCAGCGUUCGAGAUCGUAAACUUCUAAUCAGAUAUUUGGAUAUGAUAACAAACGAAAACUUGGUACGGCGACAGAAUUUCUUCGAAGCCCUCUUCAAAAUCGCCCUGAAUCCAAUUGGUCUUGACAUAGUGUGGAACUUCUUCAGACACGGUUGGGAAAACUUAGUGGAAAAGUAUACUCUGAAUGAUUUGUCUAUGGGGCUUACGAUAGGAUCAACAGUGGCUCUCUUCAAGAAUAAAGAAAAACUCGAAGAGGCAAAGGCCUUCUUCCAGAAAUACCCUAAUGCAGGUGCGGGGGCAAAUGCAAGGAAAGAUGCCAUCGAAGAAGCAGAAAACAGUAUUCGAUGGCUCUGCAUAAAUCUCCAAAGAAUCACACGAUGGCUCGAAAAUAAUGGCUUUGCUGAAGUGCACUGAAUAUCGCUUCGAAUUCUGUUUCGUUCCUAAACAUACUAUAUCAUUGUAGUAUUAGAUAUAAAGUCAUUCUUUCAAUUUAUCGUGAAGA